UCCCUCAGAAAGCGUUAGUUUUGUUCCAGUUUUAUUUCGUCUCGCGAAACUUAUAUUGGUCGAGAAACACCUCGUUUCCACAUGUUUCAUAUUGUUGUUCUUGAUAUCGAUCAUAGCAAUGCUUAAAGGCAUUCUCAUGGAAAUAUUUUACAUUUUGUUGGGUCUUCUUUAUCUUGCUUUGCCGGUUUUUUCGGCCGAAAAGCCCCCCAAGACUCUUACAAUACCAGAGUCUUUUCUUUUUGUAUCUACUCUGGACGGGACGAUGCAUGCAGUUCGUAAAACAACUGGAGAUAUUCGAUGGUCCAUCAAAGAAGAUCCAGUUUUAAGCACUCCAGUCUUUCUGCGGCCAGGGGCUAUUUUUAUCCCCGACCCCAAAGAUGGAAGCUUAUACGCUUUUGGUAACACUCUAGAUGGACUAAAGAAGUUGCCCUUUACAAUUCCUGAACUGGUUAGAGCAUCUCCCUGCCGCAGUAAUGAUGGGAUUCUUUAUACUGGUCGUAAGACAGAUGUCUGGUUCGCUGUAGAUCCUGACACGGGUAUCAAACAGCAGACACUUCGUCUGGACGGUACUGAGACUGUGUGUCCGAUCAUGCCGAACAAAGCUGCUCCUAUGUUUUUUGGCAGAACAGAAUACACUAUCACUAUGUAUGAUCACAAAACGAGAGAGAAGAGAUGGAAUGCCACAUUCAAUGAUUACUCUACACACUUGGCUCAAGAUAUUGAUUAUGGUUUUCACCACAUGGCAUCAAGUUCAGAUGGCUUUACAGUUACGAUGGAGAGCUCAACAGGGGAGAUUCAGUGGACCCGUAACUUUGGGUCUCCAGUAGUAGGUGUGUACAAGUUUGAUGGGGAUGGUCUUCAUCGCCUGAAGAUUAACCACAUCGCAAGCGAGACACUGAAUGUGCUCAUCUCGGGGAAUUCCUCAGCAGAUAAAGUGGUCUUACAGCCCACCUUGUACAUUGGAGAGCAUUCUGGAGGAUUGUAUGCUCUGCCCUCGCUGGUAGAGGAGGGAUCACCCCUAGUGGAGGCCCAGGUAAUGCUCUUAGAAGGUCCUAAGAAACACAUACGAGUCCCAAGGGGCACCAAAGGGGCUAACACCCCAUCCAAAGACAGCAAUCAGGAUCUGCCUCCCCCUCCGCGCCGCCCUCUCCAGCAGCCAAAAGUCCUGGAACCCAAAGCUGCACUUCUUCUUGGGCACCACCAAGUGCCGUCCAUUGCCUCGCCACAGCUCCAGAUGACUCAUAUUCCCGACAAGCUGAUGCCAUUCUACAUGAACCACCACACUCAUAACCCUAACAACUCACCAACCCCGCCCACACCCAAGCAGAUAGAUAACGCUAAGGCGAAGGACGAGGAGCGUCGCCGUCAACAGGAGAUGUUUGAGAUGUUGCAGAUCCAUCAAAGACUACUCUACACCAUCAUUGCCACAAUUGGGAUCCCUGUGGUGCUGCUUGUUGUGUUUUACAUUGAGCGCUCAACCCGUCAAAGCCUUGCCGCCUCAGUGCCAUCUCAACAUUCUCACAGCUCCAGCCACUCAUCAUCACUUGGGUACAUCUCAAACGGGAACGCCGUUCAUGACCCUGCUAUCAUAGACAAGAACAGUACCAUCAGUGUGGGCAAGAUCACAUUCUGCCUUAAGGAUGUCAUUGGGCGUGGCUGUGAGGGAACUGUAGUCUACAAGGGAAAGUUUGAUGGGCGGGAUGUUGCAGUCAAACGAAUUCUACCAGAGUGCUUCAGCUUUGCUGACCGCGAGGUUGCACUCCUAAGAGAGUCUGAUGCACACGCGAACGUAGUGCGGUAUUUCUGCAUGGAACAAGACCAUCAGUUCCGCUACAUCGCCCUAGAACUAUGUGACGUCACAUUGCAAGAGUAUGUUGAAGACCCACGGUUUGACCGUUCCGAACUGCAGCCGCUGACAGUUCUGCAACAGGCUACUUCCGGUUUGGCUCACCUCCAUUCUCUCAACAUAGUCCACCGUGACAUAAAGCCUCACAACGUGCUCAUCUCCAAAGCAACCUCUGGUCACGUGAACGUGAUGAUCUCGGACUUUGGACUGUGCAAGAAGCUCACGUACGGCCGGAGCUCGGUCACGUGCCGCUCGGGGGCCGCGGGGACUGAUGGGUGGAUCGCUCCUGAGAUGUUUAAGGAAAACACCAGAAUGAACCGCUCAGUUGACAUCUUCUCGUGUGGCUGCUUGUUCUACUAUGUCCUGUCUGGUGGAUUGCACCCUUUCGGCGACACGUACCGGCGCCAGGCGAACAUCAUCUCGGGAGAAUGCAACCUGGACACUCUACCACAAGCUGAAUGUCCUGUAGUCGCUCGAGAUAUCAUCGAAAUGAUGAUCGACCCAGACCCGUCCAAAAGACCAACAGCACAAAUGGCUCUUCAGCACCCGUUAUUCUGGAACAGACAAAGACAGCUUGCCUUCUUCCAGGAUGUUAGCGAUCGUAUUGAGAAGGAGUCAGAUGACUCUCCACUCCUGGAUGCGUUACAAAGAGACUCCAUCCGUGUGGUCCGAGGAGACUGGAAAGUACACAUCUGUCAGGCACUUCAGGACGAUCUGCGAAGAUUUCGCACGUAUAACGGGACGCAACUCAGAGAUUUAUUGCGAGCGUUAAGAAAUAAGAAACACCACUACCGGGAGCUUCCUGAUGAAGUCAAGCGAUCGCUUGGGACAAUACCGGACGAGUACGUACGGUACUUCACGAGCCGCUUCCCACGACUCCUCAUGCACACUUACAACGUCAUGCGAAUCUGCCAAAAUGAGACAGUCUUCCACACGUACUAUUACAGGGCAGAAUCGUGAUCUGCAGAAAAGAACGUUUGAUCAAGUGCAAUGGAACGUUUGAUUGAGUACAAUGGAAGACUUAAUCGAGUGCAAUGGAUUGUUUGAGUGUAAUGAUAGGUUAAUGAAUUUAAAUGGAUCGUCUUAUGAAGUGAAAUGUUUGAGUACGCAAAUCGACCGUUUGGUCGUGUAAACUGGAAUGCUUUGCAAUUCAAUGGAACGUUUGAUCGGGUACAAUGGAACGUAUCUUUGUGAGUGAAAACGGUUUCAAAGAAAUGUUUGACCAGAUCUAUGGAGCGUUAGAUUAAAGCAAUGUGGGAUUUGGGAAUGUGAUGGAGUGUUCUAUUUCCUGACGUGUCAUUCUGGUAGAACAAAAAUCCGCCAAAUGGAACCGAAAGGAACAUUGCCCCAAGACUUUGCCCCGUCUACAAUACAUACGCGACCAUUAUCUGUAACAAUGAAAAUAUUUGUAGAUUUUUGUACAUAUUUUUUUAGAAAUAAUAAAACAAUCUUAUACUAAA